UCUACCGUCACUGGUUUAUAGUCGCCAUGUCCUUCUCAGGGAAAUACCAGCUGGAGACACAUGACCGCUUUGAGCCGUUCAUGAAGGCUAUUGGUCUCUCUGAUGAGUUUAUCCAGGAGGGCAAAGACAUCAAGAGCAUCUCUGAGAUUGAGGAGACUGGGGACCACUUCAAGGUGACUGUAACGACCGGGACAAAGAUCCUCACCAACUCCUUCACCAUUGGCCAGGAGGCGGAGCUUGAGACGCUGACAGGGGAGAAGGUCACAACCCAGCCUAAGUUUCAUACCAUGUAGUAACUGUCUAGAUUUCAUCCAUCUCUCUACAUGUACAGCCAGUAUCUAACUAAACUGAGUUCAGCUGAUGUGGGAUGACUAUGGUUAGUUACUUCAGGUCCCAGUGAUGUUGGGUUAGUAGUUGCAGUAUAUCCAUAUCCAACAACACUAUUGUAGGGUUAAUUUAUACCCUUAAGAAAUGUGGUAUUUAUUUUUUAUAGUUCAACCCUUUGCUGCCACCUAUGUUCUAAUUACAGCCUAAGCCUACUGUACUGGCAUGGAAUUACUGCGUGUAAUGAUUAAAUGUAUCCACUAGAUCAGGGCUGCCCAACCCUCUUCCUGGAGAUCUAAAGUCCUGUGGGUUUUCAGUCCAACCAUAAUUU